GGGAGAUGUAGUUUUUAUUGGUACCCAAACACACCGCUUUAUUGAAGCCAUCAGUGACCGCAGAGGUUAGCGGAGAGUGUGGAUGUACCAGAGCAGGACCUUCAGCAGCACUUCUUUACCGGGGUGUUUGCACACAUUUCAUCCUGUGGGAAGCCUUAGUGUGUGCUCCAGGCAUUUUUGACAGCGACUAUGACUGUUAAGAUAUUCUUCCCAACGUGUUGCACGGCGGCAGAGAGUGGGCUUCUUAUUGGCCGAUGGAUUUCAGAGCACCGUUCCGCAGUAGUCCUAGCCACGCUGCACUUCCCCUUUAUUCCCGGCCAAGUGAAGCAGUACCUGGCACGCCUGCAGCAGAGUACAGGGCUAAGCCUCUCUAUACUGGGAACUUGGAAUCACAAAAAGGCAGAGAAGGAUGAGAAAAUGCAGUCGUUUUUAGAUGAAUUGAGCAGCAUCUUCAGCCACCGGCCAUGGCUGCAGAUAUCAAGGGAAGCGUCUAGCAAGUUUUUGGACUGCAGUGUUGGUAGAUGUGAUGGCGGUGAUCAGGAGGAGGUUGUUCUGGUGUACUACGAUGAGAGGAAAUUGAUGCUGUCGGAGCUGCACUCCGUCACUGAAAACUCAGAAAUAGUCUCUGUGUUUGCUACUGCGGCCAAGAGCCGGCCUCUGUUUGCCACACACAAGUAUGAUGAAGGCCCAAUUAAGCUGACGCAUUGGCAGUCGGAUGGAGUGGAGGCCAGCAUUAUCGUGGAGCUGGUCAAGCAAGCUUCAGUUCCUGUGUGCACAGUCUUGUUAUUCCUGGCCUCAUUACUUACCAGCAUAUGUAACCUCAGGGUCCUUAGCGGGAAGCCACUGUCCUUUCUAUGGAACAAACUGUCCACCUUUGAGCAGUUGGGAAAACGCCUGGAGAACAUCAGACUGGUCAGCAGCUCAGAGAGAGCCAAGGAUCAUAAAGAGUUCAUGAGGAAGGCCAACACUGUAGUGUCCAUUCUGUUAGACAUGGCCCUCGGGAUUUUACUGAUGUCCUUGCUGUACAGGGAGAACCGAAUCAGUCAGCUGGCUGAUGCGCUCAUGCCCGUGGCUGAUCGUGUUGCUGUGGAGCUGCAGGGGCUGCUGCAAUGGCUUAUGGGGGCCCCUGCAGGAUUAAAAAUGAACCGAGCUCUGGACGAAGUCUUGGGACGCUUUUUUAUGUACCAUAUCCACCUCUGGAUCAGUUACAUUCGCCUGAUGUCUCCAUUUAUCGAAGUCAUAUUGUGGUAUAUUGGCUUGUCGGCCUGUCUAGGCUUGUCCGUUGCUCUGUCCAUCCUCUCUGACAUCAUUGCCCUCCUUACAUUCCAUAUAUAUUGUUUCUAUGUAUAUGGAGCUCGCCUGUAUUGCUUCAAGAUGCACGGACUCUCUUCUCUCUGGCGUCUUUUCCGUGGCAAGAAGUGGAACGUCCUUCGUCAGAGAGUGGACUCUUGUUCCUAUGAUUUGGAUCAGCUUUUUCUUGGGACAUUGCUGUUUACAAUUCUGCUAUUUCUGCUGCCAACCACAGCCCUGUAUUACCUGGUAUUUACUCUGCUGCGUCUGCUUGUGGUUCUGGUUCAAGGUGUGAUCCACUUGAUCGUAGAUCUGCUGAACACAUUCCCACUCUAUGCUAUGGUCUUGCGCCUCUGCAGGUCUUACAGGUUGGCAGCUGGUGUAAAAUUCCGAAUGCUGGAACAGAAAACUGGGAAACCCUUAAGACUGCUCAUGCAGAUCAACCCAUUGCCAUAUAGUGGUGUUCUACAGAGCUACAUGCUGCCAUCUAACCAGUGCUACCCUAAGGAUUCCUGGGGAUCCCUGUGUCGCAAGUUGUUCAUUGGGGAACUCAUAUACCCCUGGAGGCAGAAAGGAAACAAGCAGGACUAACAGACAUCAGAAACGUUAUUGGAACUGCCACCAUCUUAGAGAGGCCAGGAAUAACCCCCACAGUUUUUAUAAAAUCACUAGCCAGAUAAGCCUGUAUGCUGCCAAAAUGUGUCUGCCUGGACUUGACAAAGGUUGUGGCACCAGCUGAAAAAGAAAUGACUGUGAACAGAAAUAUGCAAAGCAUUGGUCCAAUCAGGAUUCACCUUCAUCCUAAUCGCAAAAUGUCUACCACAAGCCUUCUGCAUAACAUCUCUUAAGAACCCUAUAAAGUGCUACAGCCCAUCCCAGGAGUUUUCAGUUAUGUUUUUACACUGGCUAUAUUUCAAUCUUCCUUAUUUCCCCUUUUGAAAAUUCUGUUAGGGAACAAGUUAUCUGUACAUCUUUCCAGGCAUAGGCAGCUCAGUGACUUCUGUAGCCAAGCUAAUAUAUGACCCCACAGACCUUCCAAGUUUUAGGUGUAUUGCUGUGCCCCUCCAUUAAUGUCAUGCAGGUGCAUUCUUUCCAGGAUUAUCUACUGAAAGACUGGAACCCUGUAGGUCACACCAAUCUCCCCUGACCAUGUCCAGACAAAUUUCUGUCCCACUGAAAAAUUUUGGGGAAGCCCUGUAGCUUCCCCAGGAUAUGAACAGGCACUGUCCUCCCUAAAUACGGAAUAGGGCAUUAUGUGUGCCUGGAUUGUCAUUUAGGUCUGUGGACUGUUCUGAGGCAAUGGAGAGGCAUAUAAACCACAGCAUGAGCUUAAGUUAGAUAAGGGAGAUAUAUACACACUCCAACCCCUAGCCCAACAAAAUGCACCUGCAAAACCUACUAGCCUAUUGGAAACAAUAUAAUAAAUACUAAUAUAAUCAUUACAAAUAAUAAAAUGAUUCACAUUCUGAGAUCUUUUACUGUGAAGAAUUUGUAGAAGUUAUUAAGGCUAUGGACACACAGGCUGUUGUCAGUGGCCUAACAAAGCUGUAUAGUUUUUGAGCCAGCCGACUCAUUUUCCGUUUAAUUUUCAUAAAUGUUGUACACCUGAAUGCAUUCCGUAUUUUAUAACUGCCAUAAUGAAAUGAGUUACUGCAUCUCCCAGGACCUCUGUGAACACAAUGCUACUGGCAACCUGAGAAGGGUUGGGUGCCCUCAUACUGGAAAUGUCAAUAUCAAUGUCAUAGGAGAGAGCAUUAAAUGUCAUGAAGGCAUAAUUCUGGUCUAAUCAAAUCCGUUCUAGGUUAUUAAAUUAAAUUUGUAGACACCAGUUGCUUUAAAGGUAUACUAUCAUGUAGGGAUGCACCAGUUUCAGUGGGCUUUGGGAAGUGCUAGGCACACUGAAUUGAACCCUCAAAGUCUUUUCUGUUUAAAGCUGUGGGGAAGUGAACCAGAACAUUUUUAAAUUCAAAAUGAAUUUGAAGCAAUUUCUUCAAAUUUGCAUGCAAAGUAGGGUUCAGCAUUCAUCUGAAUGUUUAGUGGAGGAUUCAGUAUUCUGAUGAAUCCAUACACGGUGGAUUUAAUGCAUCCCUAGUAUCAGUUUUAUUUUAUUUAAUGCUAUUCUUUAUUUUAUAAAAAUCUAAAGCUGUUUAGUCAAAAAUGACUGAACUGCUGCCAUUUCUUGGACAGAAGGGAGGUCACGUGACUACUAGUAAGUAAGCUUUGCCAUGUAAGCAGAAAGUAUGUCCUAUGCAAUUAAUAACCAAUGGGGUAAACAAGUUCUUGUAGCGCUGGAACUUUCUGACCACAAGGCAGUGGGCCCACUCUGGGGGACAGGCCCUAGUGCAGUUACACCAUCUGUUCCCCCCAAUAGUUAAACUGCUGUUGCCAGUCUUUAGCCCUACAGCUCUCCUCUCAUCACCAAGCUAACAGUAUAGUGACUUAGGGAGUAAUGACCUGCACAAUCAUCCAUAACCACGCCUGUGUGCAGUCUUGUUUGCUUGCCAUGAGAGAGGCCAGGACCGUAGCUGUGUUGGAACCAUACAUAAGACCCUCUGCUGUAUGUUAGUUACUCCAGCGGCACCAGAGGUUGCUUAUCCCUAUUUCUGCACCGCUGUAAUUCAUAGCAUGUUCUUCAUGUACAUUACAGAAUUUUGAUAAUUGUAUCCUAUUAUAAAUCAUUUCUCCUAAAAUCAUGCUGCCUGACCAGUGAUCUGUAUUUAUACUGCUGCCUAAUCUUUAAUCUUUUGGACCAAAUUAUUUUAGAUAUUGUGACGCUGGUUUUGAAAUCCUCUUUUGUACACCCUGUUAAUUCCUUAAUAAAUCCAUAUUUUACA